GACUUUCUUGUACCCUCGUUUCGAAAUCUUCCUUCAUUGCACUUGCAUGAUGUCAAUCUGAUGCACAACACCCUCCCCCGAGAUAUCAAAUAAGCCGCGUAGUGAGCGGAGUUCGCACUAGCCCGGACGGCUCUACCAUCGAAGUGGUGUGUUGCGAACGGGAGAGGGAUGACCAGAGCACCGCGAAGCUGGACAGUCAAACAUGGAGCUUUUUAAAACGCUCAUUUCGGUGCUUUGGAUGUUAUUGCUGAAUGGAAACAAGGGCUGUCACGCUGAGGAAGUGGUCCUGCUGAACUCUAAAGAAACUCAGGCAGAGCUCGGUUGGACGUCGUACCCCUCCAAUGGAUGGGAGGAGAUCAGUGGCGUGGAUGAGAAGUACAAGCCCAUCAGGACCUACCAGGUGUGUAACGUGAUGGAGCCGGCGCUGCAGAACAACUGGCUGCAGACGGGCUGGGUGGCGCGGCGUGGCGGCCAGCGCAUCUUCGUGGAGCUGCAGUUCACGCUGCGCGACUGCAACAGCAUCCCGGGCGUGGCGGGCACCUGCAAGGAGACCUUCAACCUGCUCUACGUGGAGUCGGACAAAGACCUGGGCCGGGUGACCCGCGAGGAGCGCUACACCAAGAUCGACACCAUCGCCGCCGACGAGAGCUUCACGCAGGGCGACCUGGGCGAGAGGAAGAUGAAGCUCAACACGGAGGUGCGGGAGAUCGGACACCUGAACCGGAAAGGGUUCCACUUGGCGUUCCAGGACGUGGGGGCGUGCGUGGCCUUGGUGGCGGUGCGGGUGUACUACAAGCGCUGCCUGGCCACGGUGCAGAACCUGGCUGUGUUCUCCGAUACGGUUGCCGAGGCGGCGUUCGCCACCCUGGUGGAAGUCAGGGGCGCCUGCGUCAACAAUUCCGAGGUGGACACGGACAGCCCUCCCAGGAUGCACUGCAGCGCCGAGGGGGAGUGGCUGGUGCCCAUCGGGAAGUGCAGCUGUUCAGCGGGUUACGAGGAGGGCCACAGCAGCUGUGAAGCGUGUCCCCCUGGCUCGUACAAGAUGUCUUCUAGACAGCAGGAGUGUUUUCCGUGCCCGGCCAAGAGUGUGGCGGAGGAGGAAGGAUCGGUGGUGUGUGUGUGUGAAGAGGACCACUUCAGGACCCCCCUGGACAACCCCUCGGCCCCCUGCACCCGCCCCCCUUCUCCUCCCAAAGACUUGGUCUACACCCUCAAGCAGUCCACCCUGAUCCUGGAGUGGGGCGCGCCAACGGACACGGGCGGCAGGGGGGACCUGACCUACAGCGUGGGCUGCCGCCGGUGCGUGGGGCUGCAGUGUGAGCCGUGCGGUGCCAGCGUGGGCUUCAUGCCCCAGCAGAGCGGGGUGACUGAGCGCACGGUGACCGUGGUCAACCUCAUGGCCAACUCCAACUACACGUUGACGGUCGAGGCCCUCAACGGAGUGUCAGAGCUCCUGCCCAACAAGAGGUUCUACACACAGGUCAACGUGUCAACUAGCGUGCCAGCGCCGUCUCUGGUGAGUGAGUUGCAUGCGGAGAAGAUUGAGCAGCGCAGCCUCACCCUGGUGUGGCGGGAACCGAGCUACCCCAACAGCAGCCGCACCGAGUACGAGAUCAAGUACUACGAAAAGGAACAGAAGGACAAGAGCUACUCAACGGUCAAGACGGCCGCCACCCGCAUCAGCGUCAACAACCUCAAGGCCGGCACCACCUACGUCUUCCUCAUCCGCCCCUUCUCCACCCCGGCCCCCUCCUCCUCCCUCCUCUCCGCCUCGUCCUCCUCCUCUUCCUCCUCCCCCUCUCCCAUCGACUACGGAGGCUACAGCUCUCCCCUGGAGCUGCAGACGCUUGGUGAAUUGGCGCUGGCGUCCAGUGAGCAGAACCCAGUAAUCAUCAUCGUGGUGGUGUCUGUGGCCGCCCUCAUCAUGCUGCUCUCUAUGGGAGUGGGCCUGCUCCUCUGGAGAAGUCUCUCGUCCAGCUCCUCCAACAUAGCUCCUACUAGCGUGGUGCUGCUCUCCACCUCCUUCUCCACUCUUCCUCCUCCUCCUCUUCCUCCUCUUUCUCCCUACUGUCAGCUGUCAACCCCCAGACAAUGUGGAUACAGCAAGGCCAGUCAAGAGGGAGACGAGGAGCUCUACUUCCAAUUUAAGAUCCCGACCCGUAGGACCUACAUAGACCCAGAGACGUGUGAGGACCUGGUGCAGGCUGUCCUCACCUUUGCCAAAGAGCUCGACAACUCCAGCAUCAAGAUAGAGAGAAUCGUACACACAGGUGACUUUGGGGAGGUGUGCCGUGGCUGUCUCAAGCUGCCCAGUAAGCGGGAGCUUCCGGUGGCUAUCAAGACGCUGAGGGCCGGCUGCUCAGAGAAACAGAGGCGCUCCUUCCUCAGCGAGGCCGGGAUACUGGGACAGUUUGACCACUCCAACAUCGUCCGUCUGGAGGGGGUCAUCACCAGCGGUAACACCAUGAUGAUUGUGUUGGAGAGCAUGUCCAACGGGCCCCUGGACUCCUUCCUCAGGAAGCACGAGGGCCAGCUCUCCGUGCUCCAGUUGAUGGACAUGCUGGGGAGCGUGGCCUCUGGGAUGAAGUACCUGACAGAGAUGGGCUUCGUCCACCGCCGCCUGGCCGCCCACAAGGUACUGGUCAACGCCAGCCUGGGCUGCAAGGUGUCCGGCUUCAGACCCCUCCAAGAGGACAAGAUGGAGGCCAUCUACAGCGCAAUGCAUGCGGGGAAGAGUGUGGUGUUGUGGACAGCCCCAGAGGCCAUCCAGUACCACCGCUACAGCUCAGCGUCUGACGUCUGGAGCUUUGGCAUCGUCAUGUGGGAGGUCAUGUCCUACGGAGAGAGACCCUACUGGGACAUGGGCAACCAGGACGUGAUCAAAGCGAUAGAGGAUGGCUUCCGCCUGCCCGCCCCUAUGAACUGUCCACCUCACCUCCACCAGCUGAUGUUGGACUGUUGGCAGAAGGAGCGGACCGAGAGACCCACCUUCAGCCAGAUCCACUCAGCUCUCAGCAAGAGCAUCCGCAGCCCCGACGGCAUCGGCUCCUCCACUCUGGCACGCAGAACCCUCCCUCAGCUAGGAACCCUCCCUCUGGGCUCCUCCAUCUCCCUGGCAGAGCGGACUCUUCCGUCGUUCCCCUCGUUUAACUCGGUAGGGGAGUGGUUGGAUGCGGUGGACAUGGGGCGCUACAAGGACAACUUCACCGCGGCAGGAUACUGCUACCUGGAGUCUGUGGCCCGUAUGACAGUCCAAGAUGUAUUGAGUCUAGGCAUCACCUCUCUGGAGCACCAGAAACAGAUCCUGUCUGCCAUCCAGACCCUUAGAGCCCAGGUCAUCCAGAUGCACGGCAGAGGGGUGCAGGUCUGACACACACACACACACAUACACAUACACACACGUGCAGACGGACGGACGGACGGACGGACGGAUGGAUAGAAGGAUUUUCACAGAGGAGAGACUCGUCUCAUCCAGAUGGACAACAAUGAAGGGGAUAGAGAGAUCGGCAGAGAUAUCGCCACACUGCACCCACUCACUCUUCCUCCUCUUCCUCCUCCUCCCUCUCUCUAAGUCCUUGGGAGCGAGGCAUCUCCCAGUCAUGUGAUCAACGUACUUUGUCGAAAGUCGUAUGACUUUUGUCUGCACGCUGACCCAAAUUGACUAGAUGUCCACUCUGACAACUGGCCCUGGAUCAGUCGUUAAAGCGACUUAAAACUACCCUGAUAGAGAAGUACUGUCCAUCAAAAAUGUCUGCCACUGCUCUCAAAAUGUGGGGUAAUAACAUUUCCUUGAUGGGGAAGAACUGUCCCCUCAAGCAGAGUGAUACUCUACUGAACCACUUGUCUCAGAACUGAGGUUAAAACCACCCUGGUUGAGAAGCAUUGUCCAUUACAGGGCUGCCCCUCUACCACUGGUCUCAGAACAGUGGGAUAAGGCACUAAUGGCAAAAGUUCUGUCUGUCGAACAGGGCUGAAAUUGUAAAACUGGUCUCAGUUCAAUGGUUAAAACAUUACUGUUCCGGCCGCUGAAGUGCGAUCAAGUGACUGGUUCCCACAGUGUGGGCGGAGCCCAGGCCGUGUCAAGUCGUACGUAGCCCGACCAAUCACGAGGCUGGAAAACGACUUACCUUCAGAAGGAAACUACUGAUUAAAAAAAUGAAAACUAGAAAACUGUAAAUCGAAACAAAGGAUUUCCGUGUGUUUGAUGGUUCAUUUCGAUUUCGUCUGUUACACAAUUUCUCUUUUUUUAACGUUUUUCCGUUAACCGUCUCUGCUCUGCUCUCCCUGUGUUUUCUCAGUGUGUGGAACGGCUAAUGUCCCUUAGCCGGGAUGUCAACGGUAUCAUGUAGCGUCUCGCUAAUAUAUUUCUCCUGUCUAAAAAGCAUUUUCACUACAUGGGUAUAUUGCACUGUUAAGAAUAAAGGUCAAGUCUCAAGCUGACGUAUCGAAUAUUUAUUCAUAUUUAUAUGCGUUUCCAGUUUCCAGACUCUCACACAACCUGACGGGAAGAGGUCACGAGGGUCAUACUUGAUUCUUUUUUUUUUUUUAUGACUAAAUAAUUUGUGUAAUUUUGUGUUUAAGGAUGCUGCAAAGCACAUGUCCUUUGGUGUCAAGCAUAUCCCUUCCUAGCCGGUCUGUUUGUUUUGAUUACAGUGUGUAUCAUAAAGUUUUCUCUCUUUUUUUUAUAGUUAGAGGGAUUCUGUUACUGAAUAAAGGUGUUCUGUACCGAAGAAGAUAUUAUGAAGAGGACUUCCACUGUAGUAUGUUGACUGUUUUCUUCUCAUAGACACAGUCACCAAAUCUACAGUAGUUGAUAUAGGACUUCUACAUUUUGAGUCCAGUGUCGCUGGAUGUAUGGUAUCGGUGUGUUGCAUUAUAUAUGCAGUAUUGCAGUAUUUCAGAAUGUCGUAGAGUGAUCAUUUAUGUUUUAUUUCCGGGGCCAGCGAUUCAAGCUGUCAUGCAUAGGGCCCUGUGUUUUGGUUAAUCGUGUCACAUGACCUGGAUUUUAACCUUUUUAUUUAAAGCUUUUUCAUCAAACUGUCCCCCCUUUCUUUUUAUGUCACAUGGUCCAAGCACCAUCCUCAGACAAUUGCUUACAUUUUUGGUCUAAUUCUCAUUUCUGGAAAAAAAUGCUUCAAAUCAAGGUUAAGUGGUUAACCAAAACACAUGGCCCUAGCUAUACAUCAUGGUUGCAUAACAUCUUCUAAAUGUUCCUACAAAUCCCACAACCCCCCACGGUGCAGUCACAAGCCACUCCCAUUUGUCAGUAUUAUGUAUUUUUUUUAACAGUUAACAUUUAAUCGUAGGUAACAUUUUUUGAUUUAUCUCAUACUCUUGUAGCUCGCUACAGUGCGUUCGGAAAGUAUUCAGAUCCCUCCACGUUUUUUUACGUUACAGCCUUAUUUUAAAUUUGAUAAAAUACUUUUUCCCCCCUCAUCAAUCUACACACAACACCCCAAAAUAACAAAGCAAAAACAUUAUUUUUUUUGUGCAAAUUUAUAAAAAAAUAAAUAAAAGAUACCAUAUUUACAUAAGUAUACAGAUCCUUUGCUAUCAGACUUGAAAUUGAGACCAGGUGCAUCCUGUUUCCACUGAUCAUCCUUGAUGGUUCUACAACUUGAUUGGUGUCCACCUGUGGUAAAUUCCUUUGAUUGGACAUGAUGUGGAAAGGCACACACCUGUCUAUAUAAGGUCCCACAGUUGACAGUGCAUGUCAGAGCAAAAACCAAGCCAUGAGGUCGAAGGAAUUAUCCGUAGAGCUCCGAGACGUGAUUGUGUCAAGGCACAGAUCUGGGGAAGGGUACCAAAACAUUUCUGCAAUAUUGAAGGUCCCCAAGAACACAGCGUUCUCCAUCAUUCUUAAAUGGAAAAUGUUUUAAACCACCAAGAUUCUUCCUAGAGCUGGCCGCCCGGCCAAACUGAGCAAUCGGGGGAGAAGGGCUUUGGUCAAGGAGGUGACCAAGAACCCGAUGGUCACUCUGACAGAGUUCUAGAGUUCCUCUGCUGAGAUGGGAGAAACUUCCAGAAGGGCAACCAUCUCUGCAGCACUCCACCAAUCAGACCUUUAUUGUAGAGUGGCCAGGCGGAAGCCACUCCGCCGUAAAAGGCACAUGACAGCCCGCUUGUAGUUUGUCAAAAGGCAUCUAAAGGACUCUGACCAUGAGAAACAAGAUUCUCUGGGCUGAUGAAACCAAGAUUGAUCUCUUUGGCCUGAAUACCAAGCGUCACGUCUGGAGGAAACCAGGCACCGCUCAUCACCUGGCCAAUACCAUCUCUACGGUGAAGCAUGGUGGUGGCAGCAUCAUGCUGUGGGGAUGUUCUUCAGCGGCAGGGACUGGGAGACUAGUUAGGAUCGAGGGAAAGAUUGUGAUGGAGAAUGUUAUGUUUGUGCUUUUCUAGUAACACAUUUCUGUGUCCAUGCAAGUGACUGACUGAUUGAAUGUGCCUGGGAGGAAUCCUCACCAUCAGUAUCUGCAAUUUGCUAGUACACCCAGAACCUUGUUUUGAGAAUGAAAGGGAUAUCUCAGUUUCAAGGUCUCAGCUUGGAGAGGAGAGGCCUUGUGAGGUAUUGGUCGGUCACAUGCAUGAACCAGUAUUGGUCGGUCACAUGCAUGAACCAGUAUUGGUCGGUCACAUGCAUGAACCAAACGUUAAUGAUGAAUGAAUUAUGAAUGAUGAAUAAGCUAAAUCAUGCAAAUGUAACUUGUCUGUGUAAGCAGUAUGAGAUUUAACGGGACUGCCCCGACAGAGCUCACUUCAGACCAGUACUUUAUGCAUCUAGGUUUGACUGUGACCUCUCCAGCUUGCUGUUAAUAAAACAAUGAUUCAUUUAA